AUGACCUUACUUGUGCUUGUUCUUCUUGCACUUCUCUAUUAUAGCUACUUCAGCCUUCGUCUGCUCUACUCCUUACGCAAGGUACCCGCGGCGCACUGGUCUUCUCGCUUCAGUUCUGCCCGAAUUCUAUGGGCAAGAUGGACAGGUACUGAGCUCAAGUUCCUCAUCGAAGCCCACAGCAGACUCGGUCCAAUUGUCCUCGUGGGUCCUCAAGAUCUUAGCGUGAGCAGCUACCAAGAUGGGAUUCGCAAAGUCUACGACACCGGGUUUCCCAAGCCGGCCCCAUUCUAUUCGAUGUUCAAUUAUUAUAGAUCCGAACACGGUAUCCGCCGUAGGAGAACAGCAGCGCUAUACUCCAAGUCCGCGCUGAUGCAGUCCAAGCAUCUACGCGAGGUAACGGACUGCAUCAUCUACGAGAGACUCUUUCCAAGACUGGAAAGCCUCCUGGUUAGUUGUGGCACUGGUCGUAUCGACGGGCUGGACUUGAGCUACCGUAUUUGCGCGGAUUAUCUCAGCUCAUUCUUGUUUGGCUCUUGCAACAGCACGAAUUUCCUGUCAUUUCUCUCCAAUCGCAAGGCGGAGCUCAACAAUGACCCUCUUGAGCUAUGGCGCUUCCACUACGAGAACAUGUCAUGCCGCGAAGCAUUCUUUGUGCAGGAGAUGCCAGGGCUGUACAAGCUGUUCAAGGCGCUUGGGACUAAUCUGCUGCCGAGAAAAUACUCAGAUGGGACUGAGUAUCUGGAGAAUUGGAUAUCUACAAUGGCCGACAAGGCUGACCACACGAUCACCUUGAAACACAGUAAGGGUCUGAAUCUGGAAGCCAAAGACGAGCCCGUGGUUUUUGAGACUGCAAAAGAAGCAGUGAAGAAGGAUUCGCCGCAUCUCAGCUUGGAAGCACAGAAAAUGCAGGUCCAGAGUGAGAUGUUCGACCAUGUUUGCCUCGUCUUUGGUUAUGCACUUUGGUAUCUAGCGAGCCACCCUGAUGCACAGCAAAAGAUCCACGCAGAGCUCGAGGAACACAAAAUCGACAUGACAAGCCCUAUCCAUCAAGAUCCUAGUGGACUAGAUAGGUCCUCCCGACUAGACUCCCUUCCCUACCUCCGCGCCGUUAUCGACGAAUGUCUCCGCAUGCGUCCAACAAGCACGCUCUUACCCAGAAUCACGCCCCCAGAUCGAAGCAUCUCUGUCGCGGGAAUAGACAACAUUCCACCAAACACGCGGAUCAACAGCUUCCAGUGGUUCGUGCACCGCGAUCCAACAAAAUGGGAAAAUGUAAAUGAUUGGGAUCCCGAGAGAUGGUUGUCAAUGGGCAGAAGUGGCAAGAAACAUGAUAGAGAAGAUGUCUUGUGGCCGUUUGCGAGUGGGCCAAGGAUGUGUCUGGGGAACCAUUUGACGUACUACUUUAUGCAGCAUGUUCUUGCGGCGAUAUGUUCAAUAUUCGUGCUUUCGGCGUUGCCUCGCGAUGAAAGGCAAUGUACACCAGGGUCGCCGGAAGAUGAGCUGCCAAUUACAGUGGUUUUGAGGGCCUGA